UCGUUGAUGUUGUUGUGGUCCGGGUUUUGGAGAUUCAUUACAUUACCCUCUUAUAUAUAACUUGUUACUUAGAUUUUUCUUCUUCUUUUUUUAUCUCUCAACGGAGAGACAGAAAAAAAGAAAGAACGAAAGAGUGAUUAAUUAGAGGGACAUGAGAACAAGGAGAGGUGCGUGUUAUCCUGGUGUAGUCUCAAGGAUGUGCUCCAAUGUGAGGGUUACGAAGAAAAAAAGCAAGGAUCUGCACAUGCAUAUGCAUGUUCCUGCCGGAGACUCCAUUAUUUAUAGCCGGAAAAAGCAGAAGAAAACGCCGGAAAAACUCGCCGCCGGUCGUUACGAUUUUUUCGAGUCCUUGCCGGAUGACCUCGUAAUCUCCAUCUUCUGCAAGCUUAGUUCCACCGCCACUAAACCUUCCGAUUUCGUCAAUGUUUUAAUCACGUCUAAAAGAUUAAACAGAUUAGCACUUCAUUCGCUUGUAUUAUCCAAAGCCUCGCCGAGAACUUUCACUAUUAAAGCAAAAUAUUGGUGCGAUUCGGCACACAAAUUCCUCAAACACUGUGCCGAUGCCGGAAACAUUGAAGCUUGCUAUACUUUAGGCAUGAUUCGGUUCUACUGUUUGCAAAACCGAGGGAGCGGCGCGUCGUUGAUGGCGAAGGCGGCGAUUAACUCUCACGCGCGGGCUCUCUACGCGCUGGCCGUGAUUCAGUUCAACGGAAGCGGGGGCACGAAGAGCGACAAGGACCUACGCGCCGGCGUGGCGCUAUGCGCAAGAGCAGCGUUUCUCGGACACGUCGACGCGCUGCGCGAGCUCGGCCACUGCCUACAGGACGGUUACGGCGUACGGCAGAACAUCGCCGAGGGACGGCGGUUCCUCGUGCAGGCCAACGCGCGUGAGCUCUCCGCCGUGCUGUCCACCGGCGCCGCCGCGCGUACCUUGCUGAGUUGGAAUCUUCAGCCGCAGCAGCUCCGGCAGGGGUCCGGGUGUCCGCUUCUCAGCGAUUUCGGAUGCAACGUGCCGGCGCCGGAUGUGCAUCCGGCGAGCCUGUUCAUGACUGAGUGGUUCGCCGCUCGCGGCGGUUCUCCGGGACCGGGGCUGAGACUCUGUUCUAACGCGGGGUGCGGGAGGCCCGAGACGAGGAAGCACGAGUUUCGAAGGUGUUCUGUGUGCGGCGAGGUGAAUUAUUGCUCACGCGCGUGCCAAGCGCUUGAUUGGAAGUUCCGGCACAAAGCGGAGUGCGCCCCCGUGGAGCGAUGGCUCGACGAGGACGGCGAAGAUGUCGGUAACGACGACGGUGACGGAGAGGUCGAGGUUGUUAUGGUAGAUAGUUAGACAAUUUUUACAACAGUAACGGCAACGGAAGUCGCUUUGGACGGAAAAUGAAUCUAUUUUUGGCGAAGAGAAAUUACUUGUCGUGAUUUAUUCGCCGUCUCAAAAAGGUAGAGAGAAUAUGGCUUCCUUUCGUUUUGUCCUUGUAUAGUUUGAAAAUUCUCCCGAAAAAAAAAAAAGACGAGGGGAGAUUAUUUUUCUUUUCUUUUUUGUUGCAAUUUCGGAGUUUAACGUUAACUAGAAAUUAGAAAUUCAAUGCUAAGAGGUUACUAGUUACUAAUUUUUGUUAUUAAUUUAAUCGAUUUGAACGUAAUUAGUAGCUUUGAAGUUUUCUUUUA